AGUUGUGUUUAUUCGUGUUAUCAUAUCUCUUGUGCUCCGUCUUUUUUUGUUCUAAAAUUACUAUUAUUGGUUUUACGUGUCCUCUAUCUCCGUCAGUGAAUUUCUUCCAGCUCGCUCUCUUUGGAUUGCUUUCAUCAUAAUUAUUACUAUUAUUUUUUUUACCUUCCUUUGUGCCUGCCGUUGUUCCUUCAGUGUGCGUCGACAGCGACAAUAACAGAAAGCAACAACAACAAAAAGAAAGCGCAAGCAUGUUCCGCGCCAACCUUACGCAUUUGCAGGCGGCGUCCCGCGUGUUCAUCGUGGGCGGCCACAUUACCCCCUUCAUCGGGAAGGGUAGCAAGCUCUUCAUUGACAAGAAGCACCCGGACUUCGGCAAGAAGCAGAACCCCACCCUCGAAGAACUGCUCGCCACCACGGUGGAGAAGACGCUGGAGAGCACCGGCAUCCUCGGCAAGGAGGAGGUGCUGGACCACGUCGUCGUUGGCAAUUUCCUCGGCGAGCUCUUCUCGAACCAGGGCCACCUCGGUGCCGCCGCCAUCGGCAGCCUCACCUACGGACACCCGGAGAAGAAGAACCCGCUCCUGUUCAAGCCGGCCGUGCGGGUGGAGGGCGCGUGCGCGUCGGGCGGCCUCGCCGUGAUGACCGCCACCAACGCGCUGAAGGCCGGCACGGCGGACGUCGCCCUCGCGGUCGGUGUGGAGGUGCAGACGACGGCGUCAGCCCGCGUCGGCGGUGACUACCUGGCUCGCGCGGCUCACUACCAGCGGCAGCGCGGCAUCGACGACUUCACUUUCCCCUGCCUCUUUGCGAAGCGCAUGAAGUACAUCGCCGAGCACAACCACUUCACGAUGGAGGACACGGCCCUCGUGGCGCAGAAGGCGUACGCCAACGGCAACAAGAACCCCCUCGCCCACAUGCACACCCGCAAGUUCAAGGCGGAGCAGUGCAAGGGCGACGACCCGUCGAACAUCCGCUUCCUCGGCAAUGAGACGUACAAGAACUACCUCCGCAUGAUCGACUGCUCGCAGGUGAGCGACGGCGGCGCGGGCGUGGUGCUGGCGAACGAGGAGGGCUUGAAGAAGCUUGGCCUCAACGCUAAGGACAGCCGGCUGGUCGAGGUGAAGUCUCUCGCGUGCUCCGCCGGCGAUCUCUACGUCGACCCGGAGGAUGCGUGCUGCAUGUUUACCUCCCGCGACGCCGCGCAGAAGGCACUGGCGAUGGCGAAGGUGAAGCCGUCGGAUCUGAACGUGGCGGAGGUGCACGACUGCUUCUCCAUCGCGGAGCUGCUGAUGUACGAGGCGCUUGGCUUGGCCGAGUACGGCCACGCGAAGGAUCUGAUCCGCAGCGGGGAUACCUGCCUGGACGGCCGCAUCCCCGUCAACACCGGCGGCGGCCUGCUCUCCUUUGGCCACCCUGUCGGGGCGACGGGCGUGAAGCAGGUGAUGGAGGUGUACCGCCAGAUGAAGGGACAGUGCGGUGAUUACCAGAUGAAGAAGAUCCCUGCCCUCGGCGCGACGGUGAACAUGGGCGGUGACGAUAAGACGGUGGUGUCCACGGUGCUGGAGAACAUCUAG